CCGGUCUCUCUAAACUUAUACCAUAUCCCUUCACAUCAAAACAUGCCUAGAUCCCAUCGCACAGCUUCCCAGAAUAACCUUACUUUCUGCUCAUUUGGCAUCCCGCAAGGGAUCAAGCCACCCGUGGUGGGGUCUCCAGCCUUAAUCAAACAACAGUGGCGCGGAUGCUGACGGACAGAAACCUCAAUCUCACCACAUCUCACCCAUCUACCAGAAACACCACCUCACAGCACCUACAAACUCAAACCCCAGUCCAAGACACCUACAAAAAUACCAUGUCUUCCCAAAUUCCCCAAUACCUCUUCGCCCUCCAAUCCCUCCCCCUCCUCGGCAGCGGCCUCUACACCCUCCUUUUUCCCGCUUCCGCUGCGCAAUCACCAUACCUGCCUCUACGGGGCGUCAGCAUAGGGACUAUUCAGGCGAUGAGUCUUUCAUCCUUGACACUGGGUACUUUCUACGCUCUCGUCGCCUAUCAGAAUAACAUCCCGAUGAUGAUGGCUACGGUACCGACCAGGCUUUUGGCUGCGGUGGUGUUUUAUCGGACGGGCGAGGAGGCGUGGAAACGGGUCGUGCCUUUUGAGGCGGUGAUGGGGGUUGUGACUGGUUUGGGGGUUUGGAUGUGGGGGUAGUGUGUAGCCGCGGCGUCUGCUGAUGGAUGUAAAGUGGAGAGGAUGGAGUGGAUGGACAAAGUAGGUGCUUUUACAACAGGCAGACUGCGAACUUUUCCUUGACUUGGUGGUUUUCUUGAAUAGCUACUCCACACAAUGUAGCCUACUAUGAAGUAGUUCAGGGUUUGAUCUGAAGUAUUGAUUAUUGCAUAGUCAAUAGAGUCAUAUCAAGAAUCCAGGUCUAGACCGGGCCAGUCAAUCAAUCCCACCAGUGGUCUCGAUCUUUAGCUAGUUUUCA